AUUGCAUUCCCCGAAAAAACAAACUUGCCACUGUUGUCAAACUGUUAUACGCUUGUCCAGGUUUCUGCGAUAUUCUCCAGGCUAAUCGUCGUGCGCACGCGAUCCUGAAUGUGGAAUUCUGCACUUCCCGCACGCUCAGCAAUAAUCACUCCGUUUUGAAGCGCAUCUGGUUGUGUGAGAAUGGAUUGGAAGUGAAGUGACGACGGAAUCGUGAUUCAUCUGGGAUCCUUCCGCGUUCUCCUGUGCCCGUGGACCAAUAAUUCCCGAUUGCUGUGAUAGUGCGCAGCUGUUUUGCGCGGCGUUGAUUAGCAUCCAUGGGCAACACCGCCAGCGAUCGUAAGAAGGAGCUGCUGGUCUCCCAGCUGCAGUCGCAGCACCACCAGACCCGCCGCGAAUCCCUGCAAUCCGCGCCCGGCACCCCGCCGGCCACCAGCCGCCACAAGAAGGCCCUGGUCAUCCAGCAGUCGGCCGAGGACUCGGACAUCGGGCUGACCACCUCGGGGGGCGAUGAGGGCGGGGGCGGGGGCUCGGCGGCCAGCAGUGUGGGGGAGCGGUCGUCGUUGGGGGCCGCCGCGGCCGCCGCCCGUCUGCGGCCGCGCGCCACCACCAUCAGCCAUCCGGCCUCGGAGACGCCGGAGCAGACGCACCUGCCCACGGUGUUCCGCUGGAAGGGCCAGGCCAAGCAGGUUUAUAUCGCCGGCAGCUUCAACAACUGGAAGACCAAGAUCCCGCUGACCAAGAGCCAGAAUGAUUUCGUCACCAUCCUGGAUCUGCCGGAGGGACAGCAUGAGUACAAAUUCUUUGUCGACGGCCAGUGGGUGUUGGAUCCGGAGACGAAGCACAAGGACGCGGACGCCGGCGGCGCCAAGAACAACGUCGUGGAGGUGUCGCGCUCCGACUUCGAGGUGUUCGACGCGCUGGCCAUGGACGGGGAGAAGUCCUCGGCGACGACGUACAGCAGCUCCCCGCCGGGCAGCUACACGCAGGAGAUCCCCAACAAGAAGCCCUACGAGUCCAGCACGGGACCUCCAGUCCUCCCGCCGCACCUCAUGCAGGUCAUCCUCAACCGCGACAUCCCGGUGACGUAUGAGCCGACGUUGUUGCCGGAGCCCAAUCACGUCAUGCUGAACCAUCUGUACGCGCUGAGCAUCAAGGACGGGGUCAUGGUGCUGUCGGCCACGCAUCGCUACCGCAAAAAGUACGUCACCACGCUCAUGUACAAACCGAUUUGAAGAGGAAGGGAUUGUGAUGCGGAUGUGUACAUGGAUGUACAGGUUAGAUGGUGCGGUAACGCCCAAUAAUGUUCGACGGUUUAUUUGGGGAUUUGUAUUGCUGCGUACGGUAUGGACGCCUUGUUUUUUCUUGUAAUCAUGGUUGCGGCUGACGAAUUUUAAUAGCAGGCGAUGUGGCCGCCGGUCCGGGCGGGCGCGCUGCAUGACAGGCAGCGGAAAAUGGUUUUCUUGUAACUUCCAGUUCCAAAUAAAUUCAAUAACCACCGGA